GAGCAUCACAAGUCUCCGUCAGAUGGGCUGGAGGCUCUUUGGAGCAACAGAUAGCAGAGCGGCAGACAGAAGAAGGAGAAGAGCGAAGAGGAGAGUGUCUCCAUCCCUCCAUCUCUAUGACACACUUCUCUCCUCCUCCCACGUGAACACGAGGACCCCUUAACUUUGAGGAUUGUCCCUCUUCCUCCUCCUCCUCCUCUUUCUCCUUCUUGUGCACGCUGCUUUGCUCCAGAGCUUUUGACGCACGCCUUUGCGACUAUAGAAACGAAGAUUUGAGCGGCACCGCGGGCGGGAGACACACGGACGCACAGCGAAGAUGAGGGGAUCGCUCCACACCUCCUCGGACAUUCACCACAAACACCACCGCGUAGGACACGCGGGUUUAAUGAUCUCUUCGUAUGAGUGUGAGUGCGCGCAUGUCCGUGCGGUGCGCAGAUGGAGCUGUGCGCUCCGAGCGUGAGCGCCGCAGACCGAGUGGCCGCGCUCCUCCUGGACACCUGCUGCUGCUGCUGCAUGUGAGGAUGAAGAAAGUCUCCGCCAGCAUGUGACAUUUAUUUAUUUUAUCCUCAGGGGACCUACAGAAGGGGUCAAGCGCCAAAAAGAGAAGGAGUUAUAGGAGUGGGACCCCCACUCCCCCCUUCCCCCCCUUCCUCAUCUUCUUCUUCUUCAGAUUAAAUUCAGGAUGGGUCCUGUUUGGCUUCUUCUUCUUCUGGUCCCAUCCCUCCUCAGAGCGCAGGUGACUCCAGACCCAUCAGGACUCUCGGUGGACAAAGACAACAGCACCAACUCUUUGACAAACAGCACAGGAACCUCAAAUGUCUCCCCCUCCCCCUCUAGUUCCUUCAGACCCACUGAGCUGCCUGGGUUUGCAGCGACGCCUUCAGAAGCUCCCACACAGGAGGAAGAUGACUGGUCACCAGCAGAGACCUUCCUGUACACUAGAGACCCGUUGGCUCUGGAGGCCGCCCGCUGCUCACGGGCGUACAGCCCCCCGGGGCUGGCCGGAUCGCUGCCCGUCAGCUUCAGUGCCCCCCUCCGGCCGGCUCUGGAUGCGCUGGCUAAUACGGCCAACUUCCUCAACAUGAUCUUCCAGGCCAGUGACCUGCGGGAGAGCACUGUGCAGGAGGACAUGGAGUGGUAUCACGCCCUGGUCCGCGCCCUUCUGGAGGCCGAUCUGCUCAUCCGGCGGGCCCUGCUCACCUUCGACGCUGACCCGACGUCCCCGGUGCCGCAGCUGGUGCUCUGCGCCUCACGCAACCCGACAGCCAAGGUGCAAACCAUCAUCCUCCAGGACUUAUCCAAGGCCUGGGAGAGCCUGCACCCGCCCGCCCCCGCCCCUGACGACAGCUGGUUCCGAAGCUUUAAAUUCCCGGAGUCCAAUCAGCCGACGGCGGCUCUGUCCAAGCGGGUGCUCCUCAACGACCUCAGCACCUUGGACACGCCCAAGUGGAGGCAGGGCGACAGCUACGUGACCAAUCACAGCGGGGUGCGCUGGGGCAGCACCCCCUUCCUCGACUGUGAGGACGGACUCUUUGUUUCCGACUGGGUGCUCACCCUGUCCACGUCCUUCUACGGCCUCAAGCCUGACCUGACGCCAGAGUUCAGAGGUGUGAUCCGUGUGGACGUCAACAUUCAAGACAUCGACUUGGACCAGUGUGCAACAGGAGACGGCUGGUAUGCUGAUACUCACCAGUGCAACCGCACCACCAUGGAGUGCGUACCGAGUCCAGGUCAGGGCUUUCAACUGGGUCAGUACUGCUGCCGCUGCAAAGAGGGUUACUACAACCCAGAGAUAGCCCCUCAAGGUCCAGGUGUCGAUGCAGAUGGUGGCCCUGUGAACGGGAGUGACGGCGGUAUGUGUUACCCGAACAUGCCCAUCUGUCUCCCGUGCUGGCCGGGCUGUGAGAGCUGCCAGGACGGCAGCCCCUGCUGGGUGCAAGAGGCCUGGCUUCUCAGGGGCGGCGUGCUGGCCGUCCAGGGCGUCUUCAUGCUCCUCAUCUUCGUCAGCAUGCUGGUGGCCUACAGGCAUCGUCGCAACCGGAGGAUCCGGGCGUCCGGCCUCCUGCUGCUGGAGACGAUCUUGUUCGGCUCUCUGCUCCUCUACUUCCCGGUGUUCAUCAUGUACUUCAAGCCGAGUACCUUCAGGUGUAUUCUGCUCCGCUGGGUCCGAUUGCUCGGCUUCUCCAUCGUUUACGGGACAGUCACUCUGAAAAUGUACCGGGUCCUGAAGGUGUUCCUCUCACGCACGGCCCAGAGAGUGCCCUACAUGUCCAGCCUGCACUUGCUGAGGAUUCUGGGAGUGAUGCUGAUGACGGUCAGCUGGUUCCUGUGUGCGUGGACGGUCGGCGUCCUGCAGAACCGCGACAGGAACAUCCCGGUGUUCAUCACAACCACCACGUCGGACGGCCAGGGCUUCAACCUGUGUUACCUGGACCGCUGGGACUACAUGAUGGCUGUGGCCGAGCUUCUGUUCCUGUGCUGGGGCAGCUCCCUGUGGACCGCCGUCAGGCCGGUUCCCUCAGCCUUCCACGAGCCUCGCUACAUGGGCAUCGCUAUCCACAACGAGCUGCUUCUCUCCUCCUUGUUUCAUCUGUUCAGGUUCACUUUUUCCUCUCUCCAUCCUGAUUGGAUGUUGCUGCUCUCCUUCACGCACACCCAUGUGACCAUCACUGUGACACUCGCCCUGCUCUUCAUUCCUAAGUUUCUUUAUGUGUCUAAGCCGGGGAGAGCGGAGAUUGCAGCAGAGGUGUAUGAAGAUGAAGUGGACCUGCGGCGCUCCGGCUCGUACCUCAACAGCAGUUUUCACUCUGCUUGGAGUGAACACAGUGGAGUGGACCCGGAUGACUUUCGGGAUGAACUGAGGAAGUUAUAUGCCCAGUUAGAAGUCCACAAGACCAAGAAGAUGACCGCAAACAACCCACAUCUGUCAAAGAAGCGAAGUUCUCGAUGCACUUUGGGGAGAUCCAUUAUUAGACGCAUUGCGGAGAUCCCAGAAAGCAUGAGCCGGCAGUACAGCCGUGAGGACAAAGAUGGAUCCUUCCACAGUAGGAUCAGUGCGAAUCAAUCUGAGUCUUUCAGGAGGACCCCAGAUAAUGUCAGUAUCAGUUACAAAAGUUCCAUGAAAUCACCAUCACCCUCCAUGCGCAAGUCCCAAAGUGAUCAUCACUAUGUCAGGGAAAGAGACCCAUCCUUGCGUGACUCCAUGUUAAAGGCCAACGCUGUGAAGAGAUCUUCCCGGGAAUCUGAGACAGAUUCCUUGGAUAUCCCACCAGGAGUUUGCAAGUCAGCCAGUGCCCAAAAUUUGUCAAUUGAUACCAAUCUCCUGCAUCCUGAUCACACCAGGCUUCAUAAGUCCUGGAGUCUAACCUCAACUACCACACAUUCUAUGGAGAACAUACCGAAGGUUAACAGAGCCAGCACAGUGCUGACAAGGUCCCGGCACAGCAUUUCCAUUAGUGACCAGACCAGGAGUGCUCUUCAGUCAGAGUCAUUUGACAAGGCUGAGGUCUGUCCCUGGGAGGUAGAUCAAGAACAAUCAGGGGACAAGAACCAGAAACAUGUCACCUACGCAAACUCUGAGGAGGGGUCGGACAAAGGGCCAGCAUCUCCAGAAGUGCUUGUCUGUCCCUGGGACCAUUUUCCACCCGUAGAAAAGCACCCUUCAGAAGAUAGGGGAAUAGGUGGAACUGACUCCCCCAAACCACAGGCCUGUGUGUCUGCAAGUGCACCAGGCACUCCAAGACCAAAGGUCAUAAAAGAUCAAAGCGUCUUCUCCUUCCGCAACACCAGCAGUAAGUGGCUCGCUGUGAAAACAGUUGUAGGAUCCUUUGAUAGCAGAAGCAGGUCCAGUAAGGAGGGGAGUUUGAAUAAAGAGGAUUCUGUUUCACAAAAAAGUCAGGAAAGUGCUUCCACAACGCCAUCUAGUCGACGUCCCAGCAAGGAAAAGAGGUCGUUGCAGAAAAGAAGUAUGACAACAGCAGGAAAACCAUGUCUCGUGAAACAGAAUGCCAUCAGACUUUCUUCUGGGGAUUCUUCUGACAGAAGCCCGAGAAAGCUUGCAAUGGUAAAAUCUGCGGUCUACCCUUGGGACAUGGAUGAUAUGCAAAAAGAUGGCACUUAUGAAAAUGUGUUUUUAUCAAGGCAGAACAGCAAACGUAGUAGUAUUAGUUCUUGGGAAACUGCUAGCAGCUGUAGAACUCCUUCAACUCACAGAAGAGGAAGCAAUCGAAUUACACCAGUCCCCAAUACUACCUACACAGAUGUGUGUCCAUUGGAUGGAGCUCGUACUUCCAAGGAAGGAGAGGGACUUAUGAAGCAGCAGAGCAUUAAAGCAGACGUCUGCCCUUGGGACUCACAGGUAUCUCAACCAUCUAAUGUAUGUCCAUGGGAAUCUCAAGAGCAAGGGAAUGUGAGCAGGCAAGGAAGUCGUCGUGGUGAGGCGUGUCCUUGGGAAUCACAGGAUAUUCCAGUUAUUUAUUAUACUAACACGUCUAAAGAUUCACAAGGACAACAGUCUUUGAAACGUAGAUCAGCAGAUGUAUGUCCCAGGGAGACUGCAGGAAGUCCCCAACCUUCAGUAAAGGAAGAUAACGAAUAUGCUAAUGUUUGUCCCUGGGAUGUUCAGUACAAGGCUGAAGUUGUAUAUGAAAACCUAAAUCCUUUGGAGAACAAAGGAACGCUGUCUGUGCCUCUUCGACAAGAAAUUAUGAAAUCUGCCGUCUAUCCUGGUGCGUCAAAAGAAAAUUUAGGCAAUGAGCAGCAGCACCAUGCAAAAUCCGCUGCCCUGCAUUUGAGUAGGCAAAUGUCCAAGGCAGCAGAAAGUUGUCCGUGGGAUUUCCCCGAUCCCCCUAAAUUCGUGGGAGACAUUUGUCCAUGGGAUGAGGGGAACACAGAGCCAACAGAUACAGGCUCAACGACACAAAUGACUAUCAAGGUAGAUAUUUGUCCCCGGGAGACUGGACAUCAAGACAAACCAGCAGACUCACAAAAUGGUAUCUCACCUUUGAGAGCUGCUUCUGUACAGACUGAUGGGAAAGACAGCACAAGAGUAAACAUAUGUCCCUGGGAAACUGACCCCCCUGAUAACACUGCAGCUACCAGGAUGGUUUCACAAGGACCAGAAAGGCUAGCAGAUGUUUGUCCAUGGGAUAGUGGCGAACCAGAAUCAGGAAAUCCACAGACUCCCAAAACAUCUGAGAUUAAUUUAAGGCAAGACACGGCUCGUGCAGGGGCAGUCAAAACGGAAGUAUCAAAAGCAUCAGAGAACAUACAAAGACAAGGAAAUUCCAGGGAAGAUGUUUGUCUGUGGAAUACAGAAGAGCCAAAAAUUCUGCAAAAACAGGAUAGCGCUCGAGGAAAUGUUUGUCCGUGGGACACAGAGGAACCAAAAGUUCUCAAAAAGCAGGAAAGCGCUCUGGGAGAUGUUUGUUCGUGGGAGACAGAAGAACCAAAGGUUCUCCAAAAGCAGGAAAGUGUUCGGGGAGAUGUUUGUCCGUGGGAGACAGAAGAACCAAAGGUUCUCCAAAAGCAAGAUAAAGCACGGGGAGAUGUUUGUCCGUGGGAGACAGAAGAACCAAAGGUUCUCCAAAAGCAAGAUAGCGCACGGGGAGAUGUUUGUCCGUGGGAGACAGAGGAGCCAGGAGUUGUCAAAAAGCAAGAUAGCACUGGAGGAGACGUUUGUCCAUGGGAGUCCAAGGAUCAACAAACCUCAACCGAAAGCAAAGUUGAUAUUCCCAAAAGCGACCAAGAUGAAGUUACAGAGAACCAGCCACUCAGUGUUGAAGAGAGCCCAGCAGACGUCAGCACGGAGCAGCUAAAUGAGUCAAAAGAAAACUUAGCCCUGGGCCGCUGUGAUGCUUUGUGUCCCUGGGAGAUGGAACGGAGCCAAUCAGGUUCAUUCACAGACAAUGCCUCCGACGUCUUUACAUGGGAGCCAGAGAAUAUUCCUGAGGAAGACGAGGAAGACGAUGCCGAAUGUGCUGCCGAAGCUCUUGUAUUCCCAUCUGACUUGUGAUCUUACUCUAGCCAGCAUUUGUUUUAACAUUUUACCCCUUCACCUGUUGAUGGUCAAGGGGAACUUUGCAGGGUCAGCUCACAAACAGCUCCCUUGCAGCUGGCAGAGCUGAAAGCCCUUUCUGUUGGAACAAGUGACUGCGCCAAUCAAGGACAGAAUUUAGGGCUUUGUUAUUUCAGGCUGGACUUUUGGGCCAUGCCGCUACCCGACGAAGAAGAAGCCUUUAGUAAAGACUUGAUGAGCUGGACACAAUGAGUUGUGCAAACACUACGUCCCUCAUUAAAGCAGCAGUGAACUACAGACAGACAUUUCUUGGCUGAUGGAAGGGCAUCUAAGGCUUUUAGAUGAAGUCCCUUUUCUUCCUGCUUCUACCCCCCAUUUUAAAAUUGAAACUUUUUUUGUGUCUUUGUAUGUUUUUAGGUGACAGUACUCAUAUAUGCCAUGAACGUACAGUAUGUUGGACCCAUGGCUGACAUUCACCUCGAAUGUCACAAAACCUGAACUAAACAAGUCCACAUUGAACUCUAAGCUUCACCGGCAUUCGCCCGAUAAAUUCAGUCAAAUUCUUUUUCAAAGUAACAGAACGUGUUUAAUGUGAAGCACUGGAUGUUGUAUUAAUAAUUGAUAAAACUAUGCAUACCUGUUUGCUUAAGUGACGGAUUUAAUGACUAAAUGCCAAUGAUUAUUACUAUGCUCUGGUUUUUGAUUCAGUGACAAUAAUGUAAUAAUAACAUUCCAUUACUUAAAGAAGCAAUGCCAAAUAAAUUCAUAAAUCACCAUAAACUUCAAGACAUACACCCUUAAAACCCCUUAAAGUAGAGUGAAAACUGCAUAAUUGUUUUAUGAUCUAAGUAUUUAGAAAGUAAUGUCAGUACAAUUGCAAUGGACACCAGUUUCACCAAGAUGGGUCCAUGAGAUAAACAUUCAAAACUGUGAAAAAUACACAUAUGCUCCUUAAAUGUUUGCUAAUUGGAAAGAAAUUCAAAUUUGUGUUGCAGCUAAACGGACCUGUUUUAAAUUAACUAAAUAUUGCAAAUAAUGUGAGAUUUUUAAUGCAGGUAUUGAUAUCAGUUAUUGAUAUCAGUCAUUGUUGGAAAAAAGUAACAUCUUUGGCACCAAAGUAAUAUUCACUAAUAUUGUUAUUCUUGUUCUCUAUGAGAUUCUUCUGCACGACUUCAUUGAUAACCGGUAAUACCGACAGGUGUUUGAAAUUAAAUUGAUUCAUGGAUUAGUCAAAGAUAUCUUAUGACUAUUGGAUAUAUUUAUUAUUAGCUUAGUUUAUUGACAUCAAGAGUGGCCCUACGUUUCACUGUCUGACAUUAGUGAGUACCAUUUUAAACAAAUACAACUUUUUAAAAGCAGUAGUAUGAUAUAAACUUACAAUAUUAACAGUAUUCUCUAUGGAUGUAAUUAAGUUACAUGUCUAUGCCAGCAAUUUGUGAAAUCAGGUGUCAAGUUUUUCAGCACUUCUGCUCCUAAAGUGUCAUUCUGUCCCAGACGACUGCAGCGAUUACUUUUCAUUCAGUGAUGUCAUUGUUUAAACAUGGCGCCAAGUUUCUGUUAUCAAUGGAGUGACCUAGUUUUAAGCAUUGUUGCAUGUUAGUGUGUCUUUUGAAGGAGCGUGCUGUAAUUUGAUGUAAUUUGUUGUAACACAUCCCUUGAUUUGCAAAGAUAAAGAGGCCAUGUUCUGUUUUGUAUGCAAUAUCUUCUGUGAAAGAUUGUUCUGAUAAAGAAAGAAAUGAAUCGACUGGUAUGAGGAGACGCAGGUGGGACUUUAUUUUUGUAUUUCCUGAGGUCAACGUGCAGUAUAUUCAUCACAGAAAUAAACCACUCAAGUUCUGGA